AUGAAAGAACGCUAUCGAAAACAAAAAUUUUUAAAAAAUGUUGGUCUACAACCAUUUAAAAUUCAGAGGCCUAUGGAAGAAGAAACUGAUACCAAUAUAUGUGAACGAGUAUGUUUUUAUUACUUUGAUGAUGAAGCACAAGUGAUAUGUCGCGGUUGUUAUAAAAGCUUUAAUUCAUGGUUAAAUUUUCGAUUGCAUUUUAAUACAUUAUCAUGCCAUACAACUCAAACAAAUUAUAAACUAAAUACUUAUAACGAUGUUUAUAAAAAAUACAAGUUAAAGAAAGCUAAGACUAAGAAAAAAAUGAAUAACCGUUUAAGUGCUGCACAACUUAUGGAUUUGGAAACUUUGAACACUCGCAAAACAAGAAAAAGGUGUUAUCAAAACACUAGGGUGGUUGUGUCUGCUUCUAAAUCUUCAUCAGACUCUGGUUCAACAAAUUCAGAAAAAGCAACUGUAAAGACAUUAAAGAAAGAAGCUGUUGAAAUUGAUAUUAGUAGUGAUGAGAGUGUAGAGGAGUCAAAAACAAAACCCAAUGGUUGCGAUACUAAUGAAGUUAAAGACAUUCCAAGGAGUACAAAAACCAUUAUUCCAAAUUCACCUCAUGACAAUCAGACAACAUUAACCGUUAAAACAGAAUGGAAUGCCGAUGACUUAUCUCUGGUUUCUUCAGAUGAUCAUUCAUCAAGCUCUGCUCAUUGUCCACCAAAAUAUAGUCCCCCAAAAAAUAAGGAAUUAAAAUAUCAGUAUGUUUGUGUUAUUUGUGACGCACAAUUUAUGAGUAAAUGUUCACUCACGAUGCACCAAGUGCAGCAUAUAAAGUCAGAUCGCAGUAGUUACAGUGUUUUUAUGGCUGCAUUAACUCAAUCUGCUAGAGUGUAA